AUGAAUAAAAUUACCUGCGCAACAACCGCAUUUGAAGCUCAAAGCGAUAACAUGGGCCAACGACUAAACAACUUCUUUUGGUCGAGGGAAAACGAUUUUAGUCAAGGCAUAUACGGCGUCAUCGAAUGCGAAGAGACACAAACGAAGGAUUGUCCAAGACUUGCCACUGUAAACACAAUUGAUUGGAAAAAAGAGGACCGAAGGUGCUUGAGUGGCUCCCAACCCGCUAUCGGAGCAGGCUUUGCACUACACGAUUUCAAUCUCGUAGCUGGCUCUCCCAAUAGAAUGCUUACUCUGAAUUGUCAAAAAGGCCUUCCUCGACUUCGAAGACAGAGAGGAAUUUCGUAUGAGCCAGAUGCAGUCUUUUUGACAAUGAGCCGCAACCAGGCGAUGAAGAUGCGAAUGCGUCGUCAAGGCGUGACCACACUAUGCUGCGUAGUGGUAGCAGGUCUGCCUCCUGCGCUGCCGACGGACAUCGACCAGGGCGGUCUGUACGAUCAAUACGCUGAACAGAAGAUAGCGGACAGGGCAACACCUGCGACAUGGACUUCAGCUAAGCGCUCUGCCAGUUAUUCCAGCAUAAAUAUUUCUGCCCUCCAUCUCUUGGAUGCGUGGACCAUUACUGAUGCGUUCAUGUCGGACGCACUAAGACUGAGAGAGUUUUUCGUUCUCGAGGUUGUCAUGCUUGGUUGUUGUGAAAAAGUUGCGACUAACGAAAGCUUAGUGAUGCGUGCUGAAUGCACGUUGUCGGGCAGCCUCGGGCUGGUGUCCAAUCAGAAUGCAUGCAGUGCCUUCGUUGUCAGUGGAGUUGGCAUGGGCGAGAUAGUAGAUGACACCGAGAGAAAGCAAACACCGUUGGCGUCGGCUUUUGAAUACCACGGGCGACUAUGUGACAGUAAACGGGAUGGAAGUGAAGAGAAACGUGCAGAGCCACUAUUUACGGCAUCUGUAAACUCGUCCCAGUAA